GCCUACCUACUGCUGGUGUUCAAUGUCUGUACCUGUUGUGGUUUCUCAUGACUCCACAACGUCUGCGAGCAUUGCCAAAACGAACAACUCUCGUCGUCAGCUUCCCGAACGCCCAUCUCAAAAAGAAUCUUUAGCAACAACUCCAGACACUCAUAGCGACGAUGUCGUUGUGGAGUUUCGUCGUCCAGGCUACGCUCAAAGAGAAGUGGUAGUCCAAUCUUCACCACCGAGAAGGUCAGAAGAACAGUCGCAAACCGUUGACGGGAAACACUACCGUGAACAUUUGAUUAUGAUGGAAUACAAGUUGUUGGCUCACAACUGCCCUCCUGGCAUUUACGUUGUGCCUUCACUGAAGUCGUUGCAAGUGUGGCACGGCAUUAUCUUUGUUAGACAAGGUCCAUUUGCUGGUGGUGCAUUUAGAUUUGAGAUGGUCAUAUCUGAUAGCUUUCCGCAAGAUGCCCCACUUGUGAAGUUUGUCUCAAAACUCUUUCAUCCGCAAGUGCAAAGCAAUGGGCUGCUGAAUUUAGCAGAAGCUUUUCCAAACUGGAGACCUGGAGAAGACAGGCUAUGGCAUGUAAUGCAGUUUGUGUAUGACUGUUUUGGAAUAUUCAGUACAUGGCAACCGUCAAAUGAAAGGGCAACUGUAGCUAUUCAUGAAAGUAUGGAUGUGUUUCGAGUCAAGGCUAUAGCAUGUGUACAAGAAUCAAUUAGAGAACUGGAAAGCAGCCAUGAUGAUGAUGAUACAUCAGCUGAUCAUGGAAAUUGUCUGCAGUAUCCUUCUCUACGUGAUGAUUUACACAUACGAUGCAAAUACAUGAUGAGAACUGGGGAAUUGCCUGUGUUUGAAUCUGAAGAAAAGGGAUUUGUUAGUUGGAUAAGAGGCCGUGUCAGUUCUUUGCUGGGUGACUUGGAGUCUAGUAGUGAGAGGUGGGUUACAGGCCUACUCUCAUUUGGGGAAAGACAGUACUUACAACAUCAAAGACACCCAUCUGGUGGAUCAGAAUCUGUUACUAGUAGAUCAGAUACCGGGAAAAGUGUAGGUAGUUCCAGUAGCUCGCGAAGAAGUUCUCUUCAGUCAGAAGUCAAACGUUUGUAGAUAGGAGACACAGAUGAGUUGGCGGAGGCUUCUUGUUUGAUACACUAGGUUGGAAUAAAAUUAAAAUUUGACUUAUUGA